GGACUCCUGAAAUCUAUGGAGCUUCAAUUGUGCCCUGCAACAAUCUCUCCUGGCACCUACGCCGUUCCAGUACCUGUGGUGCUUUUCUAUCCUCCCAACGGUCGGAGCCCGUUGGUUUUUUUCUUUCUUUCUUCACACCGCGGGGGCUGUCUCUGAGCCACGUCCUCUUCCCCUCCGUUUGUCUCGAGGAGAAAAGAAAACAAUUGCACUCUCCGCGACGAUAUCCCUAGAUUCAAAGGCUCCAGGGCUGUCUGGAGCUCGCCAUUGGUUCUGGGUUGAAUUGCUGGAGGAUUGAUAUCCAAGCUCACACGACUGAAUUGCUCAGGCUUAACCUCCCUGCCACCUUUGAACCGACAGCAUGGGUCCCUCACUCAGAGGUCAUACCUCAAUGACUUCAAUGGCUGCUCGACCUCAGACCCGCGAUACAAAUCGCCCUGCUACCCGAGAACAGCAAGUUGACAAUGCCAUGGUUCCCAGCCGAACCUCAUCUCUCCACUCACGAAUCACCCAACCUCUCCCCUCGACCCUCGCAAAGUCGAACAAUCGACCGACUCCAAAGACAUUGACCCAUGCCUACAUGGUCUGUGGCGUGGGAAGGGAGCCGUCGCAAUGGGUCAAAGCACCACCUCCAUCCCACGGCAAGAUUCAACAUAUGAAGGGAGCUGUGGGCCAGUUCUGGCUUCCCGAGAUCUUGGGGAGCAGCCCCAGGCUGGAGAGUGACAAUGAAAUUGCAAGAGCUCUGCACAGUGCCAUGAGGGCGUGCUUUCCACAUGAUGUCGAGAUCUGCACUGGCAGAAGUCAGCCACAUUGCGUUCAUCACUCUUUCGUCCUCCAGCAAGAUUCUCAACACACCUUGUACGGUAUUGCUCUGCGAGUUUGGUCACGAGCCGAUGAGAAACGAGCCGAAACCAUUCGCGACCUUCGCCGCAAGACCGAAUCCGAUUACAGAGAUGUCGCCGAUGAGACCUACUGGAUUCCCUACUGCCUGAGCUUUCUUUCCAGAUAUCCUCUCUACAACCUCCUGGGCGACUACCUGCGAGGAAUGUGGAUUCACUGGAACAAGGCCACCAACCUGUUUCACGCCGAGGAGGUUUCCAGAAUCCUCAGCUUCCCUGCUCCACGACUGAAUGACCUUGUACGGAUCGAUAUGAAAGAUUAUGCCCUCUGCUACCAAUUCCCGUCCUCGCCCACCGGAUUCCAGAACUUCAACAUGUGGCCGCUCUUCUGCUGUUUGAGCAUUCCCAAUAUUGUAGGCCUCAUCGAGGCCUCUGUCUCGCCUACUCGCCGUAUCAUUCUCACCAGCCACCACCCAGCCAUGCUCACAAUCGCAGCCGAAACCAUCAGAUUCUGUGUUCGCGUAUACGAAUGGAGCGGCCUGUAUGUGCCCGUUGUCCAUGCUCGCAAUGCCAGCGAAAUGGUGCAAGAGCCUGGACCAUAUAUCUUGGGCAUCACCACUGAAUGUCGAUCUCUCUUCCAGCCUCCCAAGGAUGCUCUCCUGGUGGACCUGGACCGGAAUCUCGUCAUCACGGAUCAUCCACCGAACAUUUUGACCGCUGGCCAACGCACCAAGAUGAUCAACCGUCUGACACAAGCCUUGAACAGCGACGUUGAGAUAAGCGGUGUCCCCCAGCAUCUCAAGUCUGCCUAUGGAGGUGGCAAGCUCAUCCCCGCCGGACAAAUCAUUGUUCUGCGCGGUGAGGUGGAAAGUGUUCAGGACCCCUCAUGGUGGAACCAGGACGCUGUGAUGGCAGUCAUGGACCAUGUCUGCGAGAAGCUUGGCCGCAAUACUGGUGUCAAGGCCAUCUUUGGCGGUACCAUGAAGAAACCCCUGAUGACCAAGAUCUCAAUGAGACACAUGAAUGAGAUUGUUCGAGAACGUAACCAAUAUUCGAGAGACGCACUUGAAGCAUGGCAGGACUUCAUCAACCUGAAGGGCCGCAUGGACACAGAGCUUGCCAAGGUUGCAAAGAGGAAUAACUACCUUGAGCAAGAAGUUGAGACAUGGAAGUUGCAGUUCCAGAAAUUCCAAGCCUUCGUCGAGUCUCUCAACAAGGAGCUGGCAGAGCUUCGUGUCAAGAUUGAGUCUCACAAGCGCGAGAACCGCAGACUUACCGGCCUUAUCGACCAACAGAAGGAUGAUGCUGCCCGUCUUGCUCUCCGUCUGUCUGGCACUGAGAGACAGCGUGACAACGCCUUAGAGGCGUUGGUGCUCCAGCAAGGCAUUGCCGAAGACCUUGAGAAAGAACGUGCUCGCAAUCGCAAGGAGAUCGCGGCUCUGCAACAUACGAAUCAGACGCUGCAGAGACAACGUGAUGAAGCUCAGCGCGUCGUUCUCCACCUCCGAUCGCUCAUCACCGGCCAAACGCACCAUAUGGAACACAUUGUCCGCUCCAUUGGAUCAGCUUCCGAGUUGGCAGAGUACAUCAACGAAGGAUACGAAGAGGAGGAUGAAGAAGAGGGAGAAGGCGACCAAGAUGAAGAAGAACAAGAUGAGAUUGCUGAGGAUGGUGAUGAACUCAAGAACGCCAGGCCUAGCAAACGACCAUCGAGAUCUGGCUCCAUUGACGGCCAAGACGUCACGCCGCAAAUGGAAAACAAGCUCCUGGCUGCCAAUAAGAGAGCUAGCAAACGCUACUCAGAGCUCAGCAUGUCUGAUGUGGCCGAUCGUCAUCUCCGUGACAAGACUGAUGCCAUUGCUGAUAUCAUCCGCAACAUCAGUGAGCAGUGUGCCGCUGCUGUCGAGGGGCUUCAGCUCGCCAACGAAGCGGCUGAUGUCGAAGAGGACGAGCAGGCCGAGACGGACGAAGCCAGUAUGUCGGCCUCAACAGGCCAUGUUCGACAAGACAGCGAGAAUUUGUCUCCCGUCGAUCAUACUGCCAACGAUUCUCGCGCAGGCACAGGUCACUUGACCCCUCAGAGCGAACGAAGCUCGAUCCCCCCAACACCAGACUUGGUGCACCAACGUUCCAGCACUGCAUUGAGCAUGGCAAGCACGGCGCCAACAAACUACACGGCUCGCGAGUCGCUCAACCACAACACUCGAGGUCCUGACCGUACGAAGAUUGUUGAGGAUGAAGAUGCCGAGCGAGCCCACGCGAAUGUUGCCAGCAGUACUGGCAGCGUGAAAGGAGACUCGGUGUCCGAGGAAAAUGUCAAACCGCCUCCUGGCCGAGGUCCCGUUCUCAGCCGUGUCUUGGAGGCAUAGGGCACCAGACUGAAGAUCAUCAUUUUGCAUAACCAUGGAUUUGGAUUUGGAUCUGCAUCGAAUUUGGGAUGGCAAGGAGCUUUGGCGCAAUACCUCUUGGAAACUAAGCGGCACGAACAACAUGGUACCCCUUUGUUGUCGUCGUGUCGGGGCAAUAUGUUUGUCCUCGCUGUCCGACGUUCGACAUGUUCCGACUUUUGUUUCUUUGAAGGUUAAUCUGUAAUUCUGGUGCGGCUGCUACUGCUUACGGGCUUUUAUGGUGCGAGAUUGCUUUUUUUUGUUAUUUACCAGUUAUAUUCAUGACAACCCAGUUGGAUUGCCCAGUUCAGGCAUGACACUUGACUUUGAUGGCCUUGCAAGAGAGAAAAUAUUGACAUUGGAAAAAUGGAAACCAGAACAAAGUGUUUGAGGAUCUAGAUAUUGUACUGAAAACCCGUUGAAACAGGGAAGGUCGAGCAAACUAGGACAGAUCAGACCACAACAGAGAGGCAGAGUUCCAUCCGUAUCAACGUUUUGAAUAUUCGA